AAGAAAUAAAAAUAGUCAUUUAAAAAACCCCCAACAACAGCAGAAACAACAACAGUCGACGCGUUAUUCCACAGUGGAAAUUUUCAGUGCCUGUUCGAAUAUUACAAUAUCGUUUUUUUCCUGUGUACAUUUUUUUAGUUUGUGUAGGGAAAGUGCUCAGGCGCCAAAGACACGGCAAGAUGCUGUUCAACAAAUGCCUGGAAAAGCUGUCCAGCUCACUGGGAAAUGUUGUCAACCAAAAAUUACAAGAGAAACAAGUCUACAGCCAUAAUAAUAAUAAUAAUAAUAGUUUUAAUAAUAACUUUAUUAAUAACAAAAACAACAACGUAUACAAUAAAAAACGAAACUUUGAGUACGAGCGGGCCAUUCAGGCGCAUUACGGAAGUGCCGGAGGAUGCGGAGACGGAGAUAGGCACAGGGAGAGGGUCAGAGACAGACCCAAGUCCAAAUCGGGCAAAUGCCGAAUGUCUAAGGCAACCACACCACCUGCAUCUGCACCUGCAACAGCAACAGCAACAGCCACAGCACCAGCCACAACAGCAACAACCACAGCAAGCACUACAAUGGGGAGUCGCGAGUGCAUGAGCCACGAUGAGCUGGCUCUGAUCAUCAGGGGCAAUACCAACAACCACCACCAGCUAAACAGACGGCGUCCGGUCUCGGCCCAGGCGUCAUCGGCGCCCUCCGCUUCCACAUCCACCGAAUCCCUGCACCGACUGACCCCACCAAAUUUGGUGGCCUCCUAUCCCGCCACACCCACCUCCUGGUCGAGCGCACCUCCCCAGUUUCCAGCGGGCCUCGGCAGCGGCACCUGCUCCACCAGCACCUUAGUGCUGCUGGCCCACAUGCGCGUCCAGCUUUAUGGAUACACAUGGUUUCAUGGCAAUCUUUCUGGCAAGGAAGCGGAAAAAUUGAUAUUGGAGCGGGGCAAGAAUGGUUCUUUUCUUGUCCGUGAAUCUCAAAGCAAACCUGGUGAUUUCGUUCUCUCCGUUCGAACGGACGACAAAGUAACGCAUGUCAUGAUUCGAUGGCAGGACAAGAAGUACGACGUGGGCGGAGGGGAAUCUUUUGCCACACUCUCGGAACUGAUCGAUCACUACAAGCGUAAUCCAAUGGUGGAGACGUGCGGAACAGUGGUGCACCUGCGGCAGCCCUUUAACGCCACCCGCAUCACGGCAGCCGGGAUCAAUGCCCGCGUGGAGCAGCUGGUCAAGGGCGGCUUCUGGGAGGAGUUUGAGUCGCUGCAGCAGGACAGUCGGGACACUUUCUCCCGGAACGAGGGCUACAAAACGGAGAACCGUCUGAAGAACCGCUACCGCAACAUAUUGCCAUAUGAUCACACGCGGGUGAAGCUACUGGACGUCGAGCACAGCGUGGCUGGGGCGGAGUACAUCAAUGCCAACUACAUCCGACUACCCACUGACGGCGACCUGUACAACAUGAGCAGCUCGUCGGAGAGCCUCAACAGCUCGGUCCCUUCGUGCCCGGCCUGCACUGCGGCGCAGACGCAGCGCAGCUGCCCCAACUGCCAGCUGCUGAACAAGACCUGCGUCCAGUGCGCGGUCAAGUCCGCCACGCUGCCCUACAGCAAUUGCGCCACCUGCACCCGCAAGUCGGACUCCCUCAGCAAGCACAAGCGCAACGAGUCCUCGCCCCUCUCCGCCAACGGAAUCGGGGGGAGCUGCGGCAUGAACGGCAGUCCGGUUCCGGGGACCCCCACCAGCGUGACUGGUGCCAAUGCCGGGUGCCUGGUUGGGUUGCUGAAACAGAAGCACGUCGGGGAUACGACCUACGGGUCCAUGACGAUCGCGGAGCGGGAAAGGGAGAGGGAGCGCGAGCGGGAGAUGUUCAAGACGUACAUCGCCACACAGGGGUGCCUGCUGACGCAGCAGGUGAACACGGUGACGGACUUCUGGAACAUGGUGUGGCAGGAGAACACGCGCGUCAUUGUAAUGACCACCAAGGAGUACGAGCGCGGCAAGGAAAAGUGCGCCCGCUAUUGGCCGGACGAGGGGAAGUGCGAGCAGUUCGGGUCGGCGCGCAUUCAGUGCGUCUCGGAGAACUCCACCAGCGACUACACGCUGCGCGAGUUCCUCGUCUCCUGGCGGGAGCAGCCACAGCGGCGCAUCUACCACUACCACUUCCAGGUCUGGCCCGACCACGGUGUGCCCGCGGAUCCCGGCUGUGUUCUCAACUUCCUGCAGGACGUCAAUACGAAGCAGAGCAAUCUGGCUCAGGCCGGAGAAAAGCCGGGUCCCAUCUGUGUACACUGCUCGGCGGGCAUCGGACGCACGGGCACCUUCAUCGUGAUCGACAUGAUUCUGGACCAGAUCGUGCGUAAUGGACUGGACACAGAAAUAGACAUCCAGCGCACCAUUCAAAUGGUGCGGUCGCAGCGUUCGGGCCUGGUCCAGACGGAGGCCCAGUACAAGUUCGUCUACUACGCGGUCCAGCACUACAUCCAGACGCUGAUCGCACGCAAGCGGGCCGAGGAGCAGAGCCUGCAGGUCGGCCGAGAGUACACCAACAUCAAGUACACGGGCGAGAUUGGCAACGAUUCACAAAGAUCUCCAUUACCACCAGCAAUUUCUACAAUAAGCUUAGUGCCAAGCAAAGCACCAACGACGCCUGGAGUUGGAGGAGGAGCUGUUUUGAUGGCGACAGGGGAGCCACUGGGCAUGGCGAUGGGGAUGGGCGCGGCAAUGGCCGGGAACAAACAUGGCUCCAAGCAGCAGCCCCCGCUGCCGGGAUCGGUCACCCACCACAACAACAACAACAACGGCAGCAGUGGCAGUGGCAGUGGCAGUGGCAGCGGCAGCAGUGGGAGCAGUGGGAACAGCAGCAUCUGCAGCAGCGGCAACAGCAGCAAUGGCAACUUGAACGGGCUGCUAAGUGGCAUCGGCAUGGGCCUGGGACUGGGGCACGGCAACAUGCGUAAGUCGCACUUUUACAGCGACUCGCUGAAGCAGCAGCAACACCAGCGCGACGAGCAAUCGGUGGCUCCAGCGGGAUCAGCAAAAUACAAAAACAUUCCCAAAGACAUGAUCGGCCUACGCCAGCCGAGCCAUGCGUCAUCCUAUACCGCUGCGUCUCAGUCUCAUUCAGCGCCUGCGUCCGCGUCGCUGACCGGGCCGGCGCCACCGACGCCCCCGCCGCGAAAAACAUGACAAAUGAAUUUCUGAAUCCUCGUUCCCGGGACAUCGUUAAUUCUAUCGCAAUAGACAGCCGAGAACGUCGCCAAUCGAAGACCCCUGAUCGCGUCCGCGUCCGCGCUCCUCCCCCCGCACCAGUCCCCCAAGAUGCGCACAGAAAGUCGCCCUGCCACCCCUGCCCCCGCCCCCUUCCCUUUUAAUCGUGUUACUAUUGUAUGUGUGUGUGUGUGUUGAUUUUUUUUUGUAAUAGUU